CAGUUUAACUCCCUCCUCCUCAGGCUUCUGAUUGGUUGUCAAAUCUUGCUCUGAUCAGCUGUGUUGCAAUUACAGCUGCUCAUAACCGUGCAGACCAUCGGCGUUUAGCUUCGGCCCUUCGUUGCUUUGAUUCAAAAAGAUGUCGCUCGAGGCAGAUUUUAAUACGGUGGCAGAGGAUGUAAAGAAGGUGAAGACGAGGCCUUCAAACGAGGAAUUGCUCACCCUAUAUGGUCUGUACAAACAAGCCCUUGUUGGAGAUGUUGACAUUGACAAACCAGGAGCACUAGAUGCCAAAGGAAGGGCAAAGUGGGAAUCCUGGAAUUCAAGAAAAGGAAUGUCAAAGGAUGAGGCCAUGUCAACCUACAUUUCAAAUGCUAAGGAAGUCAUCGGCAAAUAUGGCAUGUAAGACUUGCAAUAACUCCCUGAGAAUUUGGAUUAAUGUCAAAACACACACAAAAAAUGUUUUUUUGUUUUUUUUUUGCUCUUGGGCAGGAAAAUUACUCUCUGCUUUAUCUCUGGCAUGAUUUAGCAAUGUUUUGUUUUAAUAUUGCACACAUUUCUGUUUCUAGAUUAAUCUAUUUUAAAUAUAAUAUGUUUACUGGGGGUAAAAGGUUUUUUUCUAAUAUAAAGCAAACAACUUUUAUGAUUAUUCCAAGGUUUGAGCAAAAUGAACAAAAUACUGACAAAUGUUAACAAAUGAAAUAAAUAAAAUUAUUCCACACA